UGCUCCUUAUGGCCCUUCUAAUUCUGGUUUGACCCCUGAUUCCACUGUGUCAGCGUUUCCCCUGCGGCAAGUUCCUUCCCCUCCCAGAGAAUCAGGGAGACCGUUCAUGGUAUAUGUUCCCUUCUCCACCAGUGAUUUGUACAAUUGGAAACAGCAAAACCCAUCCUUCUCUGAUAAGCCCCAGAGCCUAAUCUCCCUCCUAGAGACUGUCUUUUAUACUCAUCAGCCCACUUGGGAUGACUGCCAGCAACUCCUCCGGGUUCUUUUCACAACCGAGGAGCAUGACAGGAUUCUUUUAGAAGCCAGGAAGGGAGUUCUGGACCCAGAUGGACAACCCUCUACUGACCCAGGGCGCCGCAACCACAUCUUCCCUGAGAACCGGCCCGACUGGGACCCCAGUACUGAUCGCGGUAGGGAAGCACUGGACAGGUAUCGCCAGUUGUUGCUGGGAGGGUUACGGGCAGCAGCACGGAAACCAACCAAUAUGUCCAAAGUCAGUGAGGUUAGACAGGGCAAGAACGAGUCCCCAGCUGCAUACUUGGAGCGCCUCUACGAGGCAUAUCGAACCUACACCCCUAUCGACCCAGAGGAUCCCAAUAACCGGAGAGCCAUCGUAAUUGAUUUCGUAGCCAAUUCGGCUCCGGACGUCCGUCGGAAGCUACAGAAACUUGAAGGUUUUGAGGGUAAAAAUCUGACUGAACUCAUGGAAGUGGCCAAGCGGGUGUUUGACUAUCGUGAAGAGGCUCAAGACAAGCAAACUCGCACGGUCGCAAGGGCGGUAGUGGCAGCUUUAGCACAGGUUCCAGGGGAGGCUCAGAAGCAAGGGUGGAAAGGAAGGCGGGAGGGGCCAAACGCUGGGCGCCCCUAUAAGGGUAAAGGCUUGGGAAGGCCUCCUUUAGCUCGGGACCAGUGUGCUUACUGCAAAGCCAUGGGCCAUUGGAAAUCUGAGUGCCCUAAUCACCGCCCCUCGACCACCUCCACCCCUACUUCCCUAACUCUGUUGAACCAUUUCAAAGGCUUGGUUCCUGGGGUCUGGGCUGAGACCAACCCGUUUGGUCUAGCAGGACACCAGCCCCCAGUGGUGGUCCAGCUCUCGUCCACAGCAACCCCUGCGCGUGUCCAACAAUACCCGUUGACUCGAGCUGCCCUUUUGGGCAUCAAGCCUCACAUCGAUCGACUCUUGGCGGCAGGCAUUCUACGACCCUGCCAGAGCUCAUGGAACACCCCCCUACUUCCAGUUCGCAAGCCCGGGUCUGGAGACUUCCGUCCCGUCCAGGAUCUACGAGAAGUCAACGCCCGGGUGGAAACUGUACAUCCUACUGUACCAAACCCAUACAUGUUGCUGUCUUCCCUGGACCCUGCUCGGACUUGGUAUACUGUUUUGGACCUGAAGGACGCUUUCUUUUCCAUUCCCUUGGCACCAGUAAGCCAACCUAUAUUCGCUUUUACUUGGACAGAUCCUAACACUGGGACAUCCUCUCAGCUCACCUGGACCCAGCUUCCCCAAGGUUUUAAGAACUCCCCUACACUUUUUGGCUCAGCUCUGGCCUCCGACUUGGCAGCCUUCCGGGUCUUGUAUCCGGAGGUCACUCUCCUCCGGUAUGUUGAUGACCUUUUGUUGGCUACCUCCUCUGAGGCAAUAUGCAAAGAUGCAACUCUCCACCUUCUCCAGUUGCUUGAGGCUUCCGGCUAUCGUACCUCUGGAAAGAAAGCACAACUGUGCUCUCAAUCCGUUGUUUACUUGGGUUUCACCCUUCGUUCUGGCCAAAGGUUACUGUCUCGGGGGCGUGUAGCUACCAUUUUGGGCAUGCCCGCCCCGAGGGACCGCCACGGGCUCCGGGAAUUCCUGGGGAUGGCUGGAUACUGUCGCCUCUGGAUCUUGGGGUUUGCCGAGGUUGCCAAACCCCUAUAUGAAGCCCUGACAGGUGAACCCACCCAAUUUGUUUGGGGACCACGGCAGCAGGAAGCAUUCGACAAGCUUCGAAAGGCGCUGUCCAGCACGCCUGCCCUCUCCCUGCCAGACCUGUCCAAGCCCUUCCGCCUCUAUGUGUCUGAGUCUCGAGCUGUGGCCAAAGGGGUUCUGACCCAGCCCCUGGGGCCCUGGAAUCGUCCUGUUGCCUAUCUCUCCAAGCAGCUGGACCCUGUGGCUUCCGGGUGGCCCUCUUGCCUGCGAACUGUGGCGGCCGUUGCCGUCUUGGUUAGGAAAGCCACUAAGCUCACCUUCGGGCAGCCUCUUGAGAUUUCAGCAUCGCAUCAUCUGGAACAGCUUUUACAUUCCCCGCCGACAAGAUGGAUCUCAAAUUCAUGCCUGACUCAUUACCAAUCCCUACUCCUCGAUCCCGCGCAAAUCACCUUUGCUCCUCCGGUCACACUCAACCCGGCCACCCUGCUCCCUGACUCCCCUCCUUCCUCCCCUAUACAUGAUUGCCUGGACACACUGGACUCCAUCCACACGUCCCGCCCUGGACUUACUGAUGUUCCUUUAACAAACCCAGACCUAGUGCUUUUCACGGACGGCAGCAGUUUUGUUCAGGAGGGGAUCCGUAGGGCGGGUGCAGCCGUGGUCACUCCGGUUGAGACCCUCUGGGAGACCGCUCUACCCCCCGGCACAUCUGCUCAACGUGCUGAACUCAUUGCCUUAACUCAAGCCCUUAGACUCUCUGCAGGCAGGCGAGUAAACAUCUACACUGAUAGCCGCUAUGCCUUUGCCACUGUUCAUGUCCAUGGAUAUGUAUAUCUCCAACGGGGACUGUUAACCUCGGCGGGUAAGGAGAUUAGGAACAAGAGUCAGAUCCAGGAACUGCUGGAUGCUGUCUGGCUUCCCAAGGAGGUGGCGGUAAUUCAUGUUCCUGCUCACACCCGUGGAACUGACCCCCCGUCUCUAGGGAACGCGGCAGCGGAUAGGGCUGCCCGAGCGGCUGCCUGCAAGCCCUUGAUACCCGCUAUGGUCGUGGAACCUGAGGGGAUGCUGCCUGUCCAACCAUCUUAUCAAUCCAGUGAUCCGGAUGGCACCUCUGAAAAGGGGGGAUGGAGAAGACACCCAAAUGGCUUGCUAAUUCUGCCCAAGGCACUGUUGCCAGCCCUGUUGAUGACUCUUCAUAGCCUUACCCACUUAGGCGGAACCCAGCUUUACGACCUGGUGAGCCGACACUUCUACAGCCUUGGGAUGAAGCAGGCGGCCGAGGAAGCCGCAAGAAGAUGCCUUGCAUGUGCCAAAAUCAACCCACGAUCACAAUCAAGGAUACCGACUGAUAGACCACGAGGGACAUUUCCUGGCGACCAUUGGGAAGUAGACUUUACUGACAUGGGAACUGGGUUGGGAGGGUACCGUUUUCUCCUUGUAUUCGUGGACACAUUUUCUGGAUGGCCGGAAGCAUUUCCAGUCAAAACUGAAACUGCAACCGUAGUGGCCAAAAAGCUGUUCUUUGAACUUAUUCCUAGAUUUGGCCUGCGGGCCUCGAUAGGCUCUGACAACGGCCCAGCAUUUGUGUCCGCAACAAUUCAAAGCCUAUCAAAGAUGCUGGGAUUGAAAUGGAAAUUGCACUGUGCAUAUAGGCCUCAAAGUUCAGGGCAGGUAGAGAGGAUGAAUAGAACUCUAAAAGAGCACAUUGCUAAACUUAAAAUAGAAACUGGCGAUAGCUGGGUCAGUCUCCUUCCCUUCGCCCUCCUCCGGGCCCGGUGUACUCCCAAUUCCUCAACCCUCUCUUUAUCUCCAUACGAGAUCCUCUAUGGAGCCCCUCCUCCUAUUAUUCCAAGAGUAUCUGCAGCUAUUCCAGCCCCAGAUUUCACUAAUCCGACUCUUCUUAAGUCCUUCCAGGCUUUGCGUGAGGUCCAGAACGCUGUGCGCUCGGUCCUGAAAGCUGCGGGGAAAGAACCAGCCCCUGCAACUUCAUCGGACGCCCUGUCACCGGGAGACUGGGUCCUCACUCACAAGCUUCCAGCUGGACCAGCCCUGGAACCACGGUGGACGGGCCCGUAUCAAAUUAUCCUCUGCAACCCCUCUGCCGUCAAGGUUGCCGGCCACAAGGCAUGGAUACAUCGGUCACACAUCAAGAAGGCCCCAGAGCCCAACUCCACCGCCUGGACAGCAGAAGCAGUGUCCGACCUAAAGCUUCGACUCUCCAGAACUUGA